CGUUGUGAUUCAGCAACAUAGGGCCGAGUCACGUUACGCAAUCGGUAAGAGUGAGAGAUAAGUCUCUUCGACAUUGUGUUAGGAGCUGGUGAGAAACAUGCCUCAAUACAAGCUGAUUUACUUUGACUUUCGUGGACGAGGUGAGCUGUCUCGCUUCCUCUUCGCACUGGCGGGGCAGGAAUAUGAAGACGUCAGACUAAAGUAUGAAGACUUUCCUGGGAUGAAAGACAAGUACGUGUUCGGCAGACUUCCGGUGCUGGAGGUAGAUGGAAAACAAUACGGGCAGAGCAUGGCCAUCUCCAAUUUCCUGGCGAGGAAGUUUGGUUUCCAUGGCAAAACUGAUGUUGAAGUGCUAGAAGUUGAUCAAGUUCUUGGAAUUGUUUCGGACUUACGUGAAGCCUUGGUUCGAUUUUUCAUGGAGAAGGAUGAAGCAAGAAAGGCGGAGAUUGCCAAGGAAAACAAUGAAACGAACUUGCCAAGAUAUCUGGGCUUCCUUGAAACUGUGCUGAAAAAUAACAACACGGGUUUCUAUGUCGGCAACAAGCUUGGAUAUGCCGAUCUGGCUGCAUUUGACUUUCUGGAUUCUGCUGGUUUUGAUCAAAGCCUGAUAGAACGUUUCCCAUUGGUCAAAGCCAACGCAGAGAAGGUCAAGGCGAACGCAGGAAUUGCCAAAUGGUUGGCCAAACGACCGCAAACACAGUUUUAAUGGACAGCCAGGAAAACGAACAACUAUUUUCUUACUAUUCAACACUUUAACUGGCACGCACGAUGUCGAUAACAUGUGUUUGUAUGAGCAAAGAAGCAUCUCUGUGACUUAUUGUUGGAAUGGCGCAGAUUGAAAUAAAAGUAUAAAAUUCA